AGGGUUACAUUAAGACAACAUAAGGACAGGGUUACACCAACACAAACUGACGAUAGGGUUGCAUCAUGGACACCAGACGAAAGGGUUACACUAUGGCACCCUGAAGACAAGGUUACACAAAGGCGACCUGAUAUCAAGGUUACACCUAGACUUCCUGAAGACAGCUUUACACAUAGAGAACCUGAAGACAGGGUUACGCAUAGAGAACCUGAGUACAGGGUUACACCAAGGCACCCUGACAUUAGGGUUACACCAAGACAACCUGACAUCAGGGUUACACCAAGACAACCUGAAGACAGGGUCUCACCAAGACAACCUGAUAUCAGGGUUACACCAACACAAGCUGAGGACAGCGUUGCCCCAAGGCUGCCUGAUGACAGAGUAACAGCAAGACAACCUACAGACAGGAUUACUCCAAGACAACCUAAAGACAGGGUUACAACAAGACAACCUGAUAUCAGAGAUACACCAAGACAACCUGAAGACAGGGUCACACCAAGGCAACCCACAGACAGGAUUACACCAAGACUACCUGAUGAUAACGUUACACCAAGACAGCCUGAAGACAGGGUUACGCCAGAGGAAGCUCGCGAUAUGACAACGUCAAAACUCGAUUAUCGCAAAACUUCUUUGCCUUACACGAGUUUAGUGGGAAAAACAAAACCCCUGACUGGUGUUCCAAUGGAGAAAAUGUUACUGUCAGCUGAGCGGGAUAUUGUAUUCUUGUUGGACUCUUCUAAUUACGUGUCUUCGGAUGAUUUCCAGAAACAACUAACGUUUGUCACAGAUUUCCUCGAACCCGCUGAUGUUAACGGGGGCAAAGUCAGAGUAGGCGUUCUUAGAUUUAACGACAAAGUUACAUCGCCUAUUCAGUUACAGUCAUACGAUAGCAAAACAGACUUGUUGGAUGCCAUCUCACGUAUUAAAUACUCUCCUGGAAAGUCCAACAUUGCUGGAGGAUUGCGUGCAAUCAAGAGAAGUAUGUUUACAAGACGGAAUGGCGAUCGUCCUGGUGUUCCUAAUUCUGCCAUUCUUGUUAGUGCUGGUCAGUCCAAAGUCUCAAGGAGAUGGGUCGGUCCCGCGUCUAGAUCUGCUAAGCGUUCUGGAAUUUCCAUCUUUGGUGUUGGUGUUGGGGUGGAUGGAUUGAGAGAAUUAACCUCCGUGGUGAGCAAACCCGUACAGAAAUACAGAUUUUCUGUGGCCGACUUUAACUCAAUGAACCUAAUAAGAGACGACUUAACAGAGGCUGUAUUUGGAGAACGCAUAAGUAUGUUUACAUCGCCUGCAACGCCGUGGCGCAGUCUUAGUUCAGAGAAAGAUUACAUCACAAGAACUGCAGAACAUAAAUCAACGAGACACUCAGCAAUAGGAAGAGAAGACCUUAGAUUGGAGAGGACAACCUCUUCAGUGGCUCCUGACAGAGAAAGAGAACCUGUGGAUAGAACUCUCAAACCAGACAAGUUGACACCAAGAGAACCUGUGGAAAAAACUCUCAGACCGGACAAAGUGACACAAAGGCUACCCGACGAUAUGGUUACAUCUGAAGAUAGCAUUACACCAAGACUAACUGAUCGCAGUAUAACACCAAGACAACCUGCAGACAGGGUAACACCUGAGGACAGAAUUACACCAAUACAAUCUGAAGACAGGGUUACCCCAAGGCAAACUGAAGAGAGAAUUACACCAAGACGGCCUAAAGAUACAGUCACACCAAGGCAACCUGAUGACAGGAUUACACCAAGGCAACCUGAUGGCAGGGUUACACCAAGACAACCUGAAGACCGGGUCACACCAAGACAACCUGAUAUCAGGGUUACACCAGGACAACUUGAUGACAGGGUUACACCAAGACAGCCUGAAGACAGAGUUACACUAAGGCAACCUGAAGACAGGGUCACACAAAGGCAACCGGAUAUCAGGGUUACAUCAACACAAGCUAAAGAUAGUGUUACAACCAGGCAACCGGAUGACAGGGUUACACCAAGACAACCUGAUGAAAGCAUUACACCAAAAGAACCUGAAGACAGGGUUUCACCAAGGCAACAUGAGGACAGGGUUACACCAAGGCAACCUGAUAUCAGCGUUACACUUCAUAUUAAGGCUACACCGAAACAACCUGAAGACAUGGUCACACCAAAGCAACCUGAUAUCAGGAUUACAACAAGACAACCUGAUGAAAGAGUUACAUCAAGGCAACCUAUAGACAGGAUAAUACCAAUACAACCUGAAGAUAAAGUUACACCAAGACAACCUGGAGACGGGACUACACGAAGACAACCUGGAGACAGGGUUACAACAAGGCAACCUGAAGACAGGGUCACACCAAGGCAACCUGAUGACAACGUUAUACCAAGGCAAGCUGAAGACAUGGUUACACGAAGACAACCUAAGUACAGGGUUACAUCAAGGCAACCUGAUAUUAUGGUUACACCAAGACAACCUGAAGACAGAUUUACACCAAGACAACCUGAAGACAGACCUACACCAAGGCAACCUGAUACCAGGGUCACACCAAGACAGCCUGAAGACAGAGUUACACCAAGGCAACCUGAAGACAGGGUCACACCAAGACAACCUGAUAUCAGGGUUACACCAACACAAGCUGAAGACAGUGUUACACCAAGGCAACCUGAUGACAGGGUUACACCAAGACAACCUAAAUACAGGAUUACACCAAGACAACCUAGAGACAGAAUUACAACAAGACAACCUGAUAUCAGCGUUACACCAAAAAAACCUAAAGACAGAGAUUCACCAAGGCAGCCUGAUGACAGGGUUACACCAAGAGAAGCAGAAGACAGGGUUACAUCAAGGCUACCUUAUAUCAGGGUUACACCAAGACAACCUGGAGACAGGGUUACGCCAGAGGAAGCUCGGGAUGUGACAACGUCAAAACUCGAUUAUCGCAAAACUUCUUUGCCUUACACGACUUUAGUGGGAAAAACAAAACCCCUGACUAGUGUUCCAAUGGAGAAAAUGUUACUGUCAGCUGAGCGGGAUAUUGUAUUCUUGUUGGAUUCUUCUAAUUACGUGUCUUCGGAUGAUUUCCAGAAACAACUAACGUUUGUUACAGAUUUCCUCGAACCCGCUGAUGUUAACGGUGGCAAAGUCAGAGUAGGCGUUCUUAGAUUUAACGACAAAGUUACAUCGCCUAUUCAGUUACAGUCAUACGAUAGCAAAACAGACUUGUUGGAUGCCAUCUCACGUAUUAAAUACUCUCCUGGAAAGUCCAACAUUGCUGGAGGAUUGCGGGCAAUCAAGAGAAGUAUGUUUACAAGACGGAAUGGCGAUCGUCCUGGUGUUCCUAAUUCUGCCAUUCUUGUUAGUGCUGGUCAGUCCAAAGUCUCAAGGAGAUGGGUCGGUCCUGCUUCUAGAUCUGCCAAGCGUUCUGGAAUUUCCAUCUUUGGUGUUGGUGUUGGGGUGGAUGGAUUGAGAGAAUUAACCUCCGUGGUGAACAAACCCGUACAGAAAUACAGAUUUUCUGUGGCCGACUUUAACUCAAUGAACCUAAUAAGAGACGACUUAACAGAGGCUGUAUUUGGAGAACGCAUAAGCAUGUUUACAACACCUUGGCGCAGUCUUACUUCAGAGGAGGAUUACAUCACAAGAACUGCAGAACAUAAAUCAACGAGACACUCAGCAAUAGGAAAAGAAGACCUUAGAUUGGAGAAGACAACCUCUUCAGUAGCUCCUUACUCUAAACCUGCCGAGGUAGAACGACCGACACCAAGAUCACCCGUGGAAACAACGCCCGUACUAGACAAGGUAACACCAAGAGAACCUGUAGAUAGAACGCCCAGACCAGACAAGGUGACACCAAGAGAACCUGUAGAUAGAACGCCCAGACCAGACAAGGUGACACCAAGAGAACUUGUGGAAAGAACGCCCAGACCACACAAGGUGACACAAAGAGAACCUUUUGACAGAACUCUCAGACCAGACAAGGUGACACCAAGGGGACCCGAAGUUAUGUUUACAUCUGAAGACAGCAUUACACCAAGACAAACUGAAGACAGGGUUACACCAAGACAACCAGACGACAGAGUAACACCUAAAGACAGUGUUCCGCCAAGACAAUCUGAAGACAGGGUUACAACAAGGCAACCAGAGGACAGAGUUACAUUAAGGCAACCUGAGGACAGGGUUACACCAAGACAGCCUGAAGACAUAGUUACGCCGAGGCAACCUGACGAUAAGGCUACACCAAGGCAACCUGAAGACAGGGUUACACCAAGACAACCUGAGGACACGGUUACAACUGGGCAACCUGAAGACAGGGUUACACCAAGGCAACCUGAUGACAGGGUUACACCCAGACAAAUUGAAGACAGAGUUACACCAAGACAACCUGAAGACAGAGUUACACCAAAGCAACCUGAUGACAGCGUUACACCAAGGCAACCUGAUGACAGGGUUGCGCCAAGGCAACCUGAAUACUGGGUUACACCAAAACAACCCGACGACAGAGUUACACCUGAGGACAGAAUUACCCCUGAAGACAGAGUUAGACCAGGGAAACCUGAAGACAUAGUUACACCAAGACAACCUGGCGCCAAGAUUACACCAAGGCAACUUGAAGACAGGGUUACACCAAGAAAACCAAAAGACAGGGUUACACCUGUUGACAGUGUCACUUAUCGAGAAAUUGAAGACAUCGUGACAUCAAGACAACCUAAAGACAUAGUUACACAUGAAGACAAGGUCACUUCUCGAGAAACUACAGACAAGGUUACACCAAGUCAACCUGAAGACAUGGUUACACCAGGACAACCUGGAGACAGGGUUACACUAGAGGACGCCCGCGGUGUGACAACAUUAAAACUCGAUCAUGGCAAAACUUCAGUGUUACUGUCAGCUGAGCGAGAUAUUGUAUUCUUGUUGGAUUCUUCUAAUCACGUGUCUUCAGAUAAUUUUCAGAAACAACUCAAGUUUGUCACAGAUUUCCUCGAACCCGCUGAUAUUGACGGAGGUAAAGUCAGAGUAGGCGUUCUUAGAUUUAACGACAAAGUUACAUCGCCUAUUCAGUUACAGUCAUACGAUAGCAAAACAGACUUGUUGGAUGCCAUCUCACGUAUUAAAUACUCUCCUGGAAAGUCCAACAUUGCUGGAGGAUUGCGGGCAAUCAAGAGAAAUAUGUUUACAAGACGGAAUGGCGAUCGUCCAGGUGUUCCUAAUUCUGCCAUUCUUGUUAGUGCUGGUCAGUCCAAAGUCUCAAGGAGAUGGGUCGGUCCUGCUUCUAGAUCUGCCAAGCGUUCUGGAAUUUCCAUCUUUGGAGUUGGUGUUGGUGUGGAUGGAAUGAGAGAAUUAACCUCCGUGGUGAACAAACCCGUACAGAAAUACAGAUUUUCUGUGGCCGACUUUAACUCAAUGAACCUAAUAAGAGACGACUUAACAGAGGCUGUAUUUGGAGAACGCAUAAGUAUGUUUACAUCACCUGCAACACCUUGGCGCAGUCUUAGUUCAGAGGAGGAUUACAUCACAAGAACUGCAGAACAUAAAUCAACGAGACACUCAGCAAUAGGAAAAGAAGACCUUAGAUUGGAGAAGACAACCUCUUCAGUGCCUCCUGACUCUAGACCCGCCGAGGUAGAACGACUGACACCAAGAUCACCCGUGGAUACAACGCCUGUACCAGACAAGGUGACACCAAGAGAACCUGUAGAUAGAACGCCCAAAGCAGACAGCGUGACACCAAGAGAACCUGUUGAAAGAACGACCGGGCCAGACAAGGUGAUACCGAGCGAACAUGAGGAUAGAACUUUCAGACCAGGCAUAGUGACACCAAGAGAGCCUGUGGAUAGAACUCUCAGAGCAGACAUGGUGACAUCAAGAGAACCUGUGGAUGGAACUUUCAGAUCAGAUAGGGUGACACCAAGAGAACGUGUGGAUAGAACUCUCAGACCAGACGGGGUGACACAAAGAGAACUAGUGGAUGAAACUAUAGGACCAGACAGUGUGUCAUCAAAAAAACCUGUGGAUAGAACUGCCAGACCAUACAGGGUGACACCAAGAGAACCUGUGGAUACAACUCUCAGACCAGACAGGGUGACACCAAGAGAACCUGUGGACAGAACUCUCAGAGCAGACAGGGUGACACCAAGAGAACCUGUGGAUACAACUCUCAGACCAGACAGGGUGACACCAAGAGAACCUGUGGAUAGAACCCUCAGACCAGACAGGGUGACACCCAGAGAGCCUGUGGAUAGAACUCUUAGACCAGACAGGGUGACACCAAGAGAACCUGUGGAUAGAACCCUUAGACCGGAUAGGGUGACACCAAGAGAGCCUGUGGAUAGAACUCUCAGACGAGACAGGGUGACACCAAGAGAACCUGUGGAUACAACUCUCAGAUCAGAGAGGGUAACACCAAGAGAACCUGUGGAUAGAAUCCUCAGACCAGAUAGGGUGACAUCAAGAGAGCCUGUGGAUAGAACUCUCGGACCAGACAGGGUGACACCAAGAGAACCUGUGGAUAGAACUCUCAGACCAGACAGGGUGACACCAAGAGAACUUGUGGAUAGAACUCUCGGACCAGAGAGGGUGACACCAAGAGAACCUGUGGAUAGAACCCUCAGACCAGACAGGGUGACACCAAGAGAACCUGUGGAUAGAACUCUCGGACCAGACAGAGUGACACCAAGAGAACCUGUGGAUAGAACUCUCGGACCAGACAGGGUGACACCAAGGGAACCUGUGGAUAGAACCCUCAGACCAGACAAGGUGACACCAAGAGAGCCUGUGGAUAGAACUCUCGGACCAGACAGGGUGACACCAGGAGAACCUGUGGAUAGAACCCUCAGACCAGACAGGGUGACACUAAGAAAACCUGUGGACAGAACUCUCAGACCAGACAGGGUGACACCCAGAGAACCUAUAUCAAAACCCAUUGCUACCAAAUCCUCCACGCCCUAUAUGAAAAGAACAACGCCUUCGACUGAUGUCCCAAGGAGAGAACCGUUAUUUUCAGCUGAGCGGGAUAUUGUAUUCUUGCUGGAUUCGUCUAAUCACGUGUCUUCAGAUGAUUUUCAGAAACAACUCAAGUUUGUCACAAAUUUCCUCGAACACACUGAUAUUGACGGAGGUAAAGUCAGAGUAGGUGUUCUUAGAUUUAACGACAAAGUUACAUCGCCUAUUCAGUUGUUGUCAUACGAUAGCAAGACCGACUUGCUUGAUGCCAUCUCGCGUAUUAAUUACUCUCCUGGAAAGUCCAAUAUUGCUGGAGCACUGCGAGCAAUCCAAAGAAACCUGUUUACCAGGCGGAAUGGUGAUCGUCCAGGCGUUCCGAACUCUGCCAUCCUGGUUAGCGCAGGUCAGUCCGAAAUCUUAAAGAGGUGGGUUCGGCCUGCAUCAAGGUCUGCCAAGCGAUCUGGGAUUUCCAUCUAUGGUGUUAGUGUUGGGGCAGGAGGACUGCGAGAGCUAACUUCCAUUGUAAACUACCCUAUUAACAGAUACAGAUUUGAGGUGCCGGAUUUCAAUGCGAUUGACAUGAUAAAGGAUGACCUGAGUUUUGCUGUAUUUGGGGAAACAAUCCCUGAGAUCCUUCCAAAGAUCACUUCUGUUCCCUCAACGACUCUUGAGACUCCUGCAACAAGAAAGGUGGAUUUGAAUAUCGGCGUAAUCCAGGGUGUACAAGAUAAAUCCGCUACAACACCAGGUGACACAAUAGUUGAACCGUCCAAGGAUAAAGUGACACCAAGACCAGCUGAAAGAAAACAAACAGAUAUUGACAUAUCUGUAUAUACUACCGGUAAGGUAACACCACAACCGAGAGAAGCUGAUGGCAGAGCACCUAAAGUAGAAAGGGUUACACCUAAAAAGCCGGACUAUACUACACCUAGGGUGGGACUAGUGACACCGAGAGAAGCUGAUGGCAGAGCGCCUAAAGUAGAAAGGAUAACACCUAAAAAGUCAGAAGAUAGAACACUUAGAGUGGAACCAGUGACACCGAGAAGACCUGAUGGCACAACGCCUACAGUAGAAAGGAUGAUACCUACAAAGCCGGAAGAAACAAAACACACAGUGGGACAAGUGACACCGAGAGAAGCUGAUGGUAGAACGCCAACAGUAGAAAGGAUAACAACAACCAAAGGGCCAGAUGGUACAACACGUGCAACUGACACUCUAACACCAGUUAUACCAGUCAGUAUUACAGCUAAAGCAACGGCUAGAAGACCAGAUGAUACAACAAGCUGGAUGGAAUCUGAGGAAACAUUAUUGUCAUCGGAACAUGACCUUGUGUUUAUGUUAGACUCAUCCAACUACGUUUCAUCUGACGACUUCAAGAAACAACUUGAGUUUGUUAAAAGUAUGCUCAAAAACGCUGACAUUGAUGGUGGAAAAGUGCGAGUUGGGGUCUUGCGAUUUAAUGACCAAAUCACGUCCCCUAUCCAAUUGAGAUCUCACGACAACAAAGCAGAUUUGCUGGAUGCCGUUUCACGUAUUAAUUUCUCUCCGGGAAAAUCGAACAUAGCUGGAUCUUUACGGGCAAUCAAGAGGAACAUGUUCACCAAGCGAAAUGGAGAUCGCCCCGGAGUUCCUAAUUCUGCCAUUCUUGUCAGUGCUGGUCAGUCCAAAAUCUUUAAAAGAUGGGUUGGUCCGGCGUCAAGGUCUGCUAAACGUUCUGGAAUUUCCAUCUACGGAAUUGGAGUUGGCGUGGGAGGGCUGAAAGAGCUGAGCUCCAUCGUCAGCAGUCCAGUUAACAAGCACAGAUAUGCCGUGCCUGAUUUCAGCGCCAUCGACUUGAUCAGGGAUAAUCUGGAGUUCGCCGUAUUUGGUGAGCGUCCGAAGAGUGUAGCAGCUUCUUCAACCGCACCCAGACUGCCGCCGAGAAUUGAGGAUACAAUAUCCUUCACCACAGAAAGUGUGAUGACUAGGAGAGAUGUUGAAAUAACAUCUUUCCCAACAGAAGAGCCUUCAAAACUAGAAUCAGCAUUCACUGCUUCUCGAAAAGACGUAGAAGCGCCACAACCGCGCGCAACGACAUUAAUACCACCUGCAGAAAGUACAGCAGUCCGAAAACCAAGAAUUACUGAAGGGGACAAAACGACCAAAGAAACAGGUGCUAUAACAACGAAAAAGGGUGAAUUUGUAACAGCAGAAUCAGCUGUACCAAUGGAGAGAGUAAAGGAAAAAGUCUCAAAAGCCACUGCACAUACCGGAGAACCAGCUGUGGAAAUCAAAACUACUAAGUCAUUACAUGUGCGACCAAAAGUGACUGAUGCGAGUUUCGAAACGACAACGAAAAAACUGUCGACUCCCAAACCCAAAAAGGACAUUUUGACGGAUUUCCGAACCACCGAGCCAGUUGUAUCAGUUCCGCUGCUUUCUGCUUCGGCAGACGUCGCCAUUGCUUUGGACACUUCGACAAAUCUGAACAAGAAAGAGUUUGACCAAUUGUUGGCAUUUGUGAAGGAUUUGCUGCAGCCUGUGGACAUAGAUGGAGGAAAAGUUAGAGUUAGCUUGUUCACGUACAACGACAAAGUCUCCAUGCCUUCCCAUUUCGACACGUACACCUCAAAGAAAGACCUCUUCGAUGCCAUCUCUAAUUUACAGUACGUACCGGGACAGUCCAACGUGGCAGGAGCUUUCCGUUCCAUACGCAAGGAAGUGUUUUCCAAAACAAACGGUGAUCGGCCAGCCGUAAAUAACGUAGCGUUGAUCUUCACUGGCGGCAUAUCGAAAAUCAACCGCAGGUGGACUGUGCCGGCUUCAAGAGCCGUCAAGCGACGAGGCGUCACUGUUGUGGGAGUUGGCGUAGGGCUACCGAACACUUUUGAGCUGGACAGUUUCGUAAGUUUGCCGAGAGUCAGGAACCGAAUUACAGCCAGUGACUUUGCGUCGUUGAAAAAUGUGAAGGACGACAUACUGUUUGCUGUCUUCGGAGAACGCCCUGCUAAACCCCCGACUACCCGACAGAAAACCUCAACUGAAACAUUGUACACAACGCCAAAACCUCGCAUCACAACUGAGGAAGAACGUGAUAUAUACACGACCACUGACGACGGUGAUAAGGCCACGCCAGACCUCAGACCAGGAACUAGGGUGGAAACCCCUGUACAAAGAUCUACCCCACUCACCCCUACGGUGGUUCACAAGAUGAAACCCAGACCGACUGACAAAACAGAAAGAACAAGUACAAUGGUAGUAGACACUGUAGCAGCCCCGAUGGAGGAAGAGAAUCGUGUUAAGACACCUCAACCGGAGUCUGGCAAACAAGUUUCACCGGACACUACGGGCACUGUCCCAGUAAAGAUAACACCAAGGCGGCCAGAGGAACCUAGGAUUACACCCGAAACAACUUCAAGAACCAAACCUACCUUAGAGAGAAUCAUCACCAGGAAACCUCCCACCCAGCAGACACCUGAACCGACUGAGCCUUUGAAGACUACAGCAGCUACUUUGAUCACUGAGACAGUGUCCCCCGUGAAGGAAGUCAUGGAAACAACUUUAAGUCUGGACGAGUUACCAGACUUCUUGCCACCGUUUCCACCUGUAACUCCAGUUCCCCUGUUGUCAGCAAAGAGGGAUAUAGUCUUUAUCUUGGAUUCCUCAAAUGCGGUAUCGCGGAUGCAGUUCUUGAAAAACCUUAAAUUCAUCCAGAAUUUCCUUAAACCUGCGAACAUCGAAGAAGGGAAGGUCCGCGUGAGCGUGGUAACCUAUAGCGACAGGAGUGCAACUCAUUUCCAGCUGGACAGUUACAAUACCAAGCCAGAGAUCAUGGCGGCCAUUCUCAGCGCCCCCUACUUCCCUGGCCGGUCCAAUCUAGCCUCGGCCUUGCGUGACAUCCGGCGUGUGACGUUCACCAAGGCAAGAGGCGACAGACCAGAUGUGCCGAAUGCUGCCGUUAUAUUCACCAGCAGUAAGUCUAACUUGUAUUCACGCUGGACAGUUCCGGCAGCCAAUACUGUCCGCAGGAGAGGCGUUGAGAUAUACGCUGUGGCCACGGACUUAAAUGACAAGUCAGAGCUGUCGAGAGUUGUGAACAGGCCUACCUCGAAACACCUUUUCUCCGUGGAUGACAGUACAGAACUGGCUUCAAUCAAGGACGAUUUGACGCGUGCUGUAUUUGGAGAAAUACCUAUAACAACGCUACCUCCGAUUGCUCUGCUGACCGGGUCUGUAUUGGUAACGGCACCGCCUGAGAAGGAGCAACCAUCCACAGCCAAAACAACACAAAAACGCGUUAUGACGAAGACGUCCGUAACGGCGUCCACAUCUCGUCGAACUCGGCCAACUACUACCCAACCUACAACAACUACGACACAGGCUGAAAUUACAACAACGGCACAACUGACAACAACAACAGCGGAACCCAGAGCAUGGUUGACCCCCUCAACUCCACGCCCAGCAGAGAGAGAAACGAUGAAACCCCGACAAACUUAUGCGAAACCUACAGAAAGAAAAGAACCACUGUACACGUCAUAUCCUGAAAUCACUCCAGAACCCACGUCAGGGAGUAAACUGAUAUCGUCAAUGAGAGACGUCGUGUUUGUAUUGGACUCCUCCAGCUACGUCAAUCCUGAAGACUUUGAGAAGAUGAAGAAGUUCGUUAAAAACAUCAUGAAAGUGUCAGACGUUGAUGGCGGAAAGGUGCGCUUUGGUGUCAUCAGUUACAGUUCCAAACCUUCCUUGGAUCUCCUGCCAAAUUCUUAUGAGACGAAAGAGGAAGUUCUGGCCGCAGUCGACAGGAUUCCGUACCAGGGAGGAUCGGCAAAUAUCGCCGGAGCAUUGAGGAAUGCUCGGGAACUUUUCACAAAGAGUGCAGGAGGACGUGCAGGAAUUCCAAACGCUGUUGUAAUGGUAACAGGCGGACCGUCCAAUUCAAUGGAGAGAUGGACUGUGGCGGCAGCCGAUGCACUCAGGCGAGAGGGGAUUCCCUGUUCGGUAUUGGCACUCGUCACAGCCCCAGCUUACCAGCACAAGUUUAAUAUCAAGAGUUGUGACGAUCUGGAGAACAUCAGAGAAGACAUUGUGUCGUCUGUGUUUGACGAGUCACUACCCAGGAGAACCACCCCGACGCAAGCAGCUGAAUCAUCAUCUAACAUUGAUGAAGACUCCAAAUAUCUCAAACCAGAGCAUUUUAUGCCUAAUCCGGACGGUACAUAUCCGGGGAUAAAGCUUACGGCCUCGCCAUCUUUGACACGCCGACCAGUUCAAGCUGUUCUACCCGCUCCCAAGAAAGACUUGGUGUUCGUUCUGGAUUCCUCAGCCAGCGUCAACGAAGAGGAAUUCCAAAGAACACUGGCCUUUGUCGAGAACUUCCUUACGUCAGUAAACGUAGACAGCGGUGACGUCAGAGUGGGCGUGGUCACAUACAGCACGGACUCAUCGACCGCUAUCAACAUGAACCAUUACAGGAACAAAGCGGACCUAAUCGAAGCCAUUCGAAAGAUUCCUUACACUCCGGGACAAAACAACAAAGUGGCUGCCCUGAGGUCGGUUCGAACCAAGAUGUUUACUCGAGCUAGCGGCGACCGACCGGACGCCAAAAACGUGGCCAUUAUGGUGUCUGGUGGAGUGUCCGAUCUUAAUUCCAAAUGGACCGUCCCCUCUGCCAUGAAAACUCGAAACUCUGACAUCGACAUAUAUGGAGUUGGGGUGGGACUUAAUACAGUCAGAGAACUGAAUGACAUCGUCAACGCUCCUCCUGAUCUGUACCGCUUUACAGUGUUAAAUUAUGAGAGGAUUAACGAUAUUGUCAGUCCGCUGUAUACAGCUGUGUUUGGAGUAAAACCACCUACUCCGCCCACUAUCAUUCCUGCCAGAGGACGUGUUACAGAGGGACAGACACCCAUUCCACCCAAAACAGAAAGACCUGGGAGAAUUACAUUUGACCGAGAGCCUCUGACGUUCCAGCCAGUUUAUGAAACCCGAUCAACGCCCAGUCCUAUCCCUACUCGACCUCCACCAGGUGUGCUCAGUGAAAAGGAGCGAGACAUUGUCUUCGUCUUGGAUUCGUCCUCAAUGGUAUCUUACGGUGACCAGCGCAAGAUGAAGAACUUUAUGAAGGACUUUUUGGAGACAGCUGACAUCGACGCUGGCAAGGUACGAGUUGGAGUAAUCCGUUACGACUCACGCGUACACAACGAGUUCAACCUAGGCCAGUUUGACACAAGAGGUUCCGUGUAUCGGGCCAUAGAUGACAUGGAUUACGUCGGUGGCGACUCCAACAUCGCAGGCGCUCUUAGGAGUCUCCAGAAGGCGGCAUUCAAGAACGGAGAUCGUCCGGGUGUUCCAACGACUGUCGUCCUCGUAGCCGGUAGCGUGUCCAACAUCUAUUCUCGGUGGGUCAUACCGGCUGCACAAUCAAUUCGUAACAAUGGCAUGAAGAUCUUUGGCGUUGGAGUGGGACUGCGUGACACACGAGAACUGGCGAAUGUCGUAAAUAUGCCCAUGGAUGAACAUCUCUUCACAGUAAGGAACUUCGAUUCCCUGAACAGUAUCAGAGACAAGUUAAGAAAGGCGAUUUAUUCGGAUAAACUGGAUGAAGAGCUUAAACCAGACGUUCUUGUCUCGUUAACGGCACAACCGACGCCGCGUGUUCCUGCAACCCUCACCACAAGGGCGCUGUCCACGAAACGGACAACGUAUCCACCUUAUUUCCCAACAGGACGAGUUCCAUCGAAAUCGAAAGCCCCUACCCUGCCUGCAUUACUUCCAGAAUUCCAAGACGCUUGCAUUUUACCGAAGACCGAUUUAGUCUUCAUCAUCGAUGCCUCCACCAGUGUUACCGAAAUCAACUUCCGUCGAAUCUUGCGCUUUGUCGCCAACGUCAUCCAACCGCUGGACAUUGACGGCGGUACGGUACGAGUGGCGCUGAUUACGUUCAGCACGAACGUCUACAGCCAGUUCCACCUGAAAACGUUCACGUCCAAACACGCCAUGCUUCAGGCUCUAAUGACGAUACCCUACAGCAAGGGCAAGAGCAACACUGCCGACGCCCUACGUACCAUGAUGACCAGCGUUUUUACUGCGGAGAUGGGUGACCGUGAAGACGCUCCGAACGUCGCCGUUCUCAUCACCGACGGCAUCUCCGACGUGAACGGACGUACGACGAUCCCCGAAGCCGAGCUUGCUCACUGUAGGAAGAUCACCAUAUUCGGGAUCGGUCUCAAUCUGGACGACACGACUGAGCUGGAUGUGAUCUCCAGCAAGCCGCUCAGCAUGUACCGUUACAACAUGCCAAACGCCAACAGCCUGGAGGGCAUCAAGAAACAUCUGUUUGUGCCAAUAUGUAUAGAGCUAUCCAAGCCAAAGAUCGAGGUUGCUCCGGGACAGGCUUGCAAAGGUCAAGGAGACGUUGUCUUCGUCAUCGACACUUCUGGUAGCGUAGGUCCGGCUAACUUCCAGAAGGUCAAGGACUUUGUCUAUUCAAUCGCCGACGGAUUGGCCAUCGAUAGCGGCGCCUACAGAGUGGGUGUUGUCUCCUUCAGUACCUUUGCCAAGGUGGAAUUUUAUCUGAACGACUACUCAACGAAGGCCGAUGUGAAAUCAGCCAUUCAGAACAUCCCGUACGUCUACGGAUUCUCCAAUACAGGAGCAGCUCUUCAAGCUGUCCGCAUGGAAAUGUUCAUACCACCUAGAGGAGAUAGACCAGAUGCUGCCAACAUGGUUGUGGUGAUUACUGACGGUCCAUCCAAUGCCGGUAUCGAUCUGCUGAUCCCAGAAUCCCGUGCCCUCCACCUCUCGGGAACCACCGUGGUUACAGUCGCUGUGCAACAUACCGGAUCAUCCCGAGUCCUGGAGAAGAUCACAUCAGCCCCAGUGUCAGAGAAUCUGUUUUACGUGGAACCUUACGGUCGCUUGCCUGAAAUCCGAGACCGUAUUCUGGAUCCUGUAUGUUCUGAUUUUGACCAGUGUCAGUACACGGUUUGCCAAAACAACGGAACCUGCAUGGACGGCCUCAGGAGCCGUAUCUGCUUCUGUAUGCCUAACUACUACGGAGAAAACUGUGAGAAUAAAUGCACAGAACCCAUGGAUGUUGUCUUUAUGCUCGGCUCUACGGAUAAACUCGGCGAGAGACAUUUCAGUGAGAUGAAAGCGUUCGUCCAGAGUCUUGUCCGAGAGUUUGCCAUCGACAACUGUGACGUUCGCGUUGGCGUCAUGAAGUACAACACUCGACCGAAGGUGGAGUUCAACCUGGGACAGUAUUCCCGAACGGAAGACGUUCUGAAAGCCGUGGAUAAAAUCUACUGGUCGAAAGGGAAGAACAACAUCGCUUGGGCCUUGCGUUCCGUAAGAGAAAAGAUGUUUGAGAAUGGACAGAGACGUCAAGCCAGAAAGAUUGCGUUCCUGUUCGUGGACGGACCAUCCAAUUUGGAGAAACAGAACACGAUGUCCGAAGCGGAGUUGACAAUGGCGGCUGGAAUUAACAUCAUCCCGAUCGGCGUUUCCAUUCGGGACCGUUACGAACUUGAGACUAUUGCCCUGGCACAAGGAUUGAGACCCAUCGAUAUCCAAAACUACGGAAACUUCGCUCUGCAUAGAGAGACAGCAAUGCAGCCUGUUGCAAACACCUUUGAUUACUGCAACUCGAAGCCAUGUCAGAACUCAGGGGUAUGCCAGAACCUGGUGGGUGGUUAUAUGUGCCACUGUUGCAGGGAUACUCCGGAAAGGACUGCGAACAGAGCUGUAACGUGGAAGCUGACGUGGCUAUAAUAGUUGACGUGUCCAGGUACAUCACGGAAUUCGACCUGAGAAACAUCAAGGAAUACCUACGGGCCAUGGUUAUGAAGAUGCACUUUAAGCCUGAGAAGACAUUCCGUGUGGCGGUGGUGGAGUUCGGAGCAAUGGCCAGAGUGAAAACAACUCUAGUGGAAGGUAGCAGCAAGCAGCAAGUCCUGGCUGGCGUGGCUUC